AUGUCGGGACAUCCGCAGGGAGGCCAUUACGACGAUGGCUACGGCCAUCAAGGCCAGGACGGCUAUUAUCAAGACGAUCAACAAGGCUACUACGACCAGGGCCAUGCUGGCGCCUACGGCCAGCACGGCGACUCCUAUUACGACCAGGACGGCUACUAUGACCAGGAAGGCCAAGGCCAGUACGCGCAGGACGGUUAUUACGACCAGGGCCAUGGCUAUCAAGACGAGUACUACAAUGAUCAAUACUACGACCAGUCAGGUCAAGGAGGUGCACGAGCCCGCGGCCCCGGUGGUUCCGAGGACGAUUCCGAGACUUUCAGCGAUUUCACAAUGAGGUCGGAUAUGGCACGCGCUGCGGACAUGGACUAUUACGGCCGCGCUGAUGGACGUUACGACAGCUACGCCGAAGGUGGACGUGGAUACCGCCCUCCGUCAUCACAGGUUUCGUACGGUGGCAACCGCAGCUCUGGCGCUUCCACCCCCAUCUACGGCAUGGACUACACCAAUGCUCUCCCCGCCGGCCAACGUUCGCGCGAGCCCUUCCCUGCCUGGAGCGCCGACUCCCAGAUCCCGCUUUCAAAGGAGGAAAUUGAGGAUAUCUUCAUGGAUUUGACGGCCAAGUUCGGUUUCCAGAGGGACAGCAUGCGCAACAUGUACGACCACCUCAUGACGCAGCUCGACUCUCGUGCCUCUCGCAUGAGCCCUAACCAGGCUCUUCUUUCCCUUCACGCCGACUACAUUGGUGGUGACAACGCAAACUAUCGCCGUUGGUACUUCGCUGCCCACCUCGAUAUGGACGAUGCGGUCGGUUUCGCGAACAUGAAGCUUGGUGGUGGAAGCCGGAAGACCCGCAAGGCACGCAAGGCGGCUCAGAAGAAGGCCAGCCAGGAUCCCGGGAAUGAGGAGCAGGCUCUCGAGGCCUACGAGGGUGACAACAGCUUGGAAGCUGCCGAGUACAGGUGGAAGAGCAGGAUGAACAAGAUGUCUCAGCACGACCGUGCCAGACAGCUUGCUCUCUAUCUUCUGUGCUGGGGUGAGGCCAACCAGGUCCGCUUCAUGCCCGAGAUCAUUUGCUUCAUUUUCAAGUGCUGCGAUGACUUCUACAACUCGCCCGCCUGCCAGAACCGUGUGGAGCCUGUUGAGGAGUUCACUUAUCUCAACACCAUCAUCACGCCCCUGUACACGUUCUGCAGAGACCAAGGCUACGAAAUCCAGGAAGGUAAAUACGUGCGUCGUGAGCGUGAUCACGACCAGAUCAUUGGUUACGACGACAUGAACCAGCUUUUCUGGUACCCCGAGGGUAUUGAGCGCAUCGUGCUCGAGGACAAGUCUCGCCUGGUCGAUUUGCAGCCUGGUGAGCGUUACGAGAAGCUCAAGGAUGUCAACUGGAAGAAGGUGUUCUUCAAGACCUACAGGGAGACUCGUUCCUGGUGGCAUCUGCUCACCAACUUCAACCGCAUUUGGGUCAUUCACUUGACAUUCUUCUGGUUCUACACGGCUUACAACUCUCCGACUUUCUACACCAAGAACUACCAGCAGCAACUGAACAACAAGCCCAACCCCGCUGCUCAGUGGUCCGCGGUCGCUCUCGGUGGUACUCUCGCUUCUCUUAUCAUGAUCGGUGCUACUCUCUGCGAGUGGGCUUACGUUCCUCGCAAGUGGGCUGGUGCUCAGCAUCUUACCAAGCGUCUGUUCUUCCUGCUCGGUGUUUUCGCUGUCAACGUGGGCCCUGCGGUCUACAUUUUCGGUGUCAACCAAAAGGGUAAGAUCGCGCUUGUUCUGGGUAUCGUCGAGUUCCUGAUCGCCGUUGCCACGUUGAUCUUCUUCUCCUUCAUGCCGCUUGGUGGUCUUUUCGGAAGCUACCUGAGAAAGAACUCCCGCCAGUAUGUCGCCAGCGCAACUUUCACCGCCAGCUACCCGCGUCUGUCGGGCAACGACAUGUGGAUGUCGUAUGGUCUGUGGGUUGUUGUUUUCGGUGCCAAGCUCGCUGAGUCGUACUUCUUCUUGACGCUCUCGUUCAGAGAUCCCAUUCGGGUUCUAUCCACGAUGAAGCUCAGCAAGUGUCUUGGCGACCAGCUUCUGGGUUCGUCGGCCGACAUCCUCUGCAAGAGGCAGCCGCAGAUUCUCCUUGGCCUGAUGUUCUUCACCGAUCUCUGCCUGUUCUUCUUGGAUACUUACCUUUGGUACAUCAUCUGGAACAUGUUGUUCUCCGUCGCCAGGUCUUUCUACCUUGGUAUCUCUAUCUGGACGCCUUGGAGGAACAUUUUCUCGCGCCUUCCCAAGCGUAUUUACUCCAAGGUCCUGGCCACGACUGACAUGGAAAUCAAGUACAAGCCCAAGGUCCUGAUCUCUCAGAUCUGGAAUGCCAUCGUCAUUUCCAUGUACCGUGAGCACUUGCUCGCCAUUGAUCACGUCCAGAAGUUGCUCUACCACCAGGUUCCUUCCGAGCAGGAGGGCAAGAGGACUCUGCGUGCGCCUACCUUCUUCGUCUCGCAGGAAGAUCACUCUUUCAAGACCGAGUUCUUCCCUGCUGCUAGCGAGGCUGAGCGCCGUAUCUCUUUCUUCGCGCAGUCCCUGUCCACCCCCAUUCCCGAGCCUCUCCCGGUUGACAACAUGCCGACCUUCACUGUUAUGAUUCCCCACUACGGUGAGAAGAUUCUUCUUUCGCUCAGGGAAAUCAUUCGUGAGGAUGAGCCGUACUCUCGCGUUACCCUUCUGGAAUACCUCAAGCAGCUUCACCCGGUUGAGUGGGACUGCUUCGUCAAGGACACCAAGAUUUUGGCGGACGAGACCUCCCAAUUCAACGGCGACUCCGAGAAGACUGAGAAGGACACCCAAAAGGCCAAGAUCGACGACCUUCCGUUCUACUGCAUUGGUUUCAAGUCGGCAGCUCCGGAGUACACUCUCCGCACUCGUAUCUGGGCUUCCCUUCGCUCGCAGACCCUGUACCGUACCAUCUCCGGUUUCAUGAACUACAGCCGUGCGAUCAAGCUUCUCUACCGUGUCGAAAACCCUGAGGUCGUCCAGAUGUUCGGUGGCAACUCCGACAAGCUCGAGCGUGAGCUUGAGCGUAUGGCUCGCCGCAAGUUCAAGAUCUGCGUUUCUAUGCAGCGUUACGCCAAGUUCACCAAGGAGGAGAGAGAGAACACCGAGUUCCUUCUCCGUGCUUACCCCGACCUUCAAAUUGCCUACCUUGACGAGGAGCCGCCGGCGAACGAGGGCGAGGACCCCCGCAUCUACUCUGCUCUCAUCGACGGUCACUGCGAGAUUAUGGAGAACUCCAUGCGUCGUCCCAAGUUCCGGGUUCAGCUCUCUGGCAACCCCAUUCUUGGUGACGGCAAGUCCGACAACCAGAACCACGCUAUCAUCUUCUACCGUGGCGAGUACAUCCAGCUGGUCGACGCUAACCAGGACAACUACCUGGAGGAGUGUCUGAAGAUCCGUUCCGUCCUGGCCGAGUUCGAGGAGAUGACCACCGACAACGUUUCGCCUUACACUCCCGGUCUUCCUCCCACGAACUUCAACCCUGUUGCCAUUCUCGGUGCUCGCGAGUACAUUUUCUCUGAGAACAUCGGUAUUCUUGGUGACGUCGCUGCCGGAAAGGAACAGACGUUCGGUACUAUGUUCGCUCGUACGCUGGCUCAGAUUGGUGGCAAGCUCCAUUAUGGUCACCCCGAUUUCUUGAACGGUAUCUUCAUGUGUACCCGUGGUGGUGUCUCGAACGCUCAGAAGGGUCUCCAUCUGAACGAGGAUAUUUACGCCGGUAUGCGUGCCCUUCUCCGUGGUGGUAGGAUCAAGCAUUGCGAGUACUACCAGUGCGGUAAGGGUCGUGAUUUGGGUUUCGGUUCCGUCUUGAACUUCACCACCAAGAUUGGUACUGGUAUGGGUGAGCAGAUGCUUUCUCGCGAGUACUACUACUUGGGAACUCAGCUGCCUCUCGACCGUUUCCUCUCGUUCUACUACGCUCAUCCGGGUUUCCACAUCAACAACUUGUUCAUUAUGUUGUCGGUGCAGUUCUUCAUGUUCACGGUCCUCCACUUGGGUGCUCUGAACCACGAGACCAUCGUCUGCAAGUAUGACAAGAACAAGCCCAUCACGGACCCUCUCUACCCCACCGGUUGCGCCAACCUCGAGCCCAUCUUCGACUGGGUUACUCGUUGCGUCGUUUCCAUUUUCAUCGUCAUCAUCAUUGCCUUCAUUCCUCUUACCGUCCAGGAGCUUACUGAGCGUGGCGCUUGGCGUGCGGCUACUCGUCUGGCGAAGCACUUCUCGUCGCUCUCGCCCAUGUUCGAGGUGUUCGUCUGUCAGAUCUACGCCAACGCUCUGUACUCCAACUUGUCGUUCGGUGGUGCCCGUUACAUCGGUACCGGUCGUGGUUUCGCCACUGCGCGUAUCCCCUUCGGUAUCCUGUACUCCAGAUUUGCGGGUCCGUCCAUCUACCUGGGUGCUAGGUCUCUGAUGAUGCUGCUUUUCGCUACGAUGACCAUUUGGGACGCAUGGUGUGUGUACUUCUGGGUCUCCCUGCUGGCACUCUGCAUUUCGCCGUUCCUGUUCAACCCUCACCAGUUCUCCUGGGACGACUUCUUCAUCGACUACCGCGAGUACCUCAGGUGGCUGUCUCGUGGCAACACCCGUUCGCACAGCGCGUCCUGGAUCGGCUUCUGCCGUCUGUCCAGAACUCGUAUCACUGGUUUCAAGAGGAAGGCUCUUGGUGACCCGUCUUCCAAGCUCUCCGGCGACAUCCCCCGUGCCAAGUUCACCAACAUGUUCUGGAGUGAGAUGGUCGGUCCUCUGGUUCUGGUCGCUAUUACUGCCAUUCCCUACCUCUUCAUCAACGCCCAGACUGGUGUCAGUGAUGCGGAACAGAAGGACGGCGCCGACGACCCGAAGGCUACCAACUCGAUCAUUCGUCUGUGCCUGUGCGCCUUUGGACCCGUCGCCCUCAACGCUGGUGUCGCCGGUAUGUUCUUCGGUAUGGCCUGUUGUAUGGGUCCCGUCUUGAGCAUGUGCUGCAAGAAGUUUGGUGCCGUUCUGGCUGCUAUUGCUCACGCUUUUGCUGUCGUCGGCAUCAUCAUCUUCUUUGAGGUGAUGUUCUUCUUGGAGGGCUGGAGCUUCUCCAAGGCGCUGUCCGGUCUCAUCGCGAUGGCAGCCAUCCAGCGCUGGUUCUACAAGCUCAUCGUCGCUCUUGCACUCACUCGUGAGUUCAAGUCGGACACUGCCAACAUCGCCUGGUGGACUGGUAAGUGGUACGCCAUGGGCUGGCACACUCUGUCGCAGCCCGGCCGUGAGUUCCUCUGCAAGAUCACCGAGUUGGGCAUGUUCGCCGGCGACUUCUGUCUCGGCCACCUUCUGCUCUUCAUCAUGCUGCCUCCUCUCUGCAUUCCGUACGUCGACAAGCUGCACUCGAUUAUGCUCUUCUGGCUCCGCCCCAGUCGUCAAAUCCGUCCGCCUAUCUACUCGUUGAAGCAGAGCAAGCUUCGCAAGCGCCGUGUCAUCCGUUACUCGAUCCUUUACUUCUUCCUGCUCUUGAUCUUCGUCCUGCUCAUCGCCGGACCGUUGGUGGCCAGCAAGUUCCUUACGUCGCUGCCUGAUAUUCCCAUGGACCUUGUCCAGCCGACGGGCCUCAACAACAACGAUACCAAGGGCACUUCGGAGACGGGUACCGGUGCGGCCGGAGGCGCAGCUGCAACGGGUGCCGCCGACUCGACGGCGGCGUCAACGGCCAAGCGUCUUAUGUUCGCGCGGGCGUACUAA